CCUUGACUGUAACUUUCUAGUGCCAGUCGUAGUACACAAUACCAAGCAAAAGCAAAGCUCCUUUUGUACGGCUUAAAAUUGUUUCCUCAUCAAGUUAGCGAAGAGAGAUGAAACAUUUGUUUGACACUCGCACGCAGAAGUGUUGGACAGAACUUAUCGAGAAAGAAGCCUACACCCGGAUAGCCUGGAAAGACAAAUAUGGGGCCAAAUAUUCAAGGGUUCCACCUGCCAUUCCCAACAAGAAGAGUGAAGUUCCCAAGCUUCCUACCGGGUAUUAUAGCCUUCCAGCAAUUCAAGUUCCAAAACAACAGGAAGAAAGAAAAAAGGUAGUUCAGGAAACACCUUCAAAACCUGAAGAGUUUCAGGAGAUGCGGCCUGUAACUCCCCAGGUUCGAGCUUUACUAUAUGAUGGCUUUUCGAAAGAGCAGAAGGGCAGGUAUCUGUACCUGGAAAAGAGGAAGGCAAAACAUCCAGAGGAAAAAUUCCAAUAUCCUAUUCUAUCUUCCUGGGAGUACGGUUGGAGACAGGGUGAUGUCAUCGAGGAACUUCAGUUACCAGUUCAUGGUCGAUUGAGGACUGUAGAUAAUACUUUCUAUUCAAGAAAUGGUGUCUUCAACAAGCUAUCUGCAACAGAUGCUCUUGCUGAGCUAAACUGAAGGCUUGGAAAGCAUUCCUGCAAUAAUGUUUACAGUGACACCCCGUUUCUCUCUCCCUAAACUAGUGUUGAAAUCAUCCCAUAGAGCUUUUGAUCACUGGCAUUUUCUGAAAUAUUUCUGAUUCACCAUUGAUUGCUGUAAUAAUUCAUUACCAAACUGCAGCAUUUGUUAGUUUUUAAUGUCUGUUAGUCAAGUUGUUCACGUGCUUCAAAUGUUGCAGUAUUGUGAGACUAUGUAAUAUACUAAUGUUUAUAGUCUGAGUUGAAUAUAUAGUUUAAGGAGAAUUUCGAAAUAUGUCUGGUAUGUGAAUUACAGCUCCUGAAGCUAAAACUUGUCAAAACAUGACCUGCUUUUGUACCACAAGCAACAAAUUAUAAAGCAUUUUACCUAAGGUUGAGAGGCUACUCAGUCCAUCAGCACUCAUCACCGAUUUGUUAAUUUUGCUCAUUACCUGAUUUGUUGGAGAAAUGCCUUAUAAAUUGCCAAACUGAGUUCAUUAUGAAGUUUUAGCUUGAAAGCUGUCCACAAGAUGGAGUCAAUGGUUACACUGCAUGCUGGGAAGCAACUGGAACAAAAAGUUCUCAGGCAAAUAACUUUUAAGCUAAUCAAUUCAUAAAACUUCUAAGUUGGAAACCAAAUGUUCAUGUUUAUAAAUGGGACAUUCCUUUCGAGUGCUGGGAGAUCUUUUAACACGCAAUCACUUAAUGUAGACCUGUGUGGAAAACUGAAAGACUUGACCAAAACCAUUGAUUGGCUCCUAGAUGGAUAUAAAGCUAUCAAAUAUCCUUGCAACUUGAUUAAUUGGCAAAGUGACUGAAACUUAGAGUUAGACUAGGGUAUUCAGACUUCAUCACCUCAUAGGCCAUGCUCAGGGCUCAGGGACAUCUGCAGCAACCCCCACAUUAGUUGGAGAUGAUUGGCAAUAGUACAGAUGAAACUUUGUGAAGUAUGCGUCACUCAAAUUGAUCAAGGGAAUGUUAAAAACUUCUCUUUGAAGUUAUAAUAAAGGAGGAGUUUGGCUCACCUCCAACCA